AUGCCCCGUGCGUCCCCGGGCCUGAGUGUGGCGGGGCAGAGGCUGCGGGCCGAGCCCCCGGGGACGAGCCCAGGCCCACGGAAGUGCAGCUUCUCGGGGACCUGGACGCCCUGGCUCUCUGGCCACAGUUACUGCUGCCCGCCCAGCAUCACGCCCGGGGCCGGUGCGGUUGUGGGGAGAGGACUGACAUUGUGGCUGAAGUUGGGGGUGCUGAAAGUGGGCCCCUGGGGCGGCCCUCCUCACACCUGUGUUCUCUCCCAGCAGAUGUGCACCCCCAGCAACACCCCCGCCACCCCGCCCAACUUCCCCGACGCCCUGGCCAUGUUCUCCAAGCUUCGUGCCUCCGAGGGCCUGCAAAGCAGCAACAGCCCCAUGACCGCCGCGGCCUGCUCCCCGCCCGCCAACUUCAGCCCCUUCUGGGCCUCGUCCCCGCCCAGCCACCAGGCCGCCUGGAUCCCACCCUCCUCCCCGACGGCCCACAGCUUCCACCACCUGCACCGCCCACAGCCCACGUGGCCCCCCGGAGCACAGCAGGGGGGCGCCCCGCAGAAAGCCGUGGCUGCCGUGGACGGGGGAGCCCCUUGGGUGCGUGGGCAGCCAGGUGGGUUUGCCGGGGUGCUGGGCCUGGCCGGUGUGGAGAUGGGGCUCAGCCUGGGCUGUUGA